ACUGACAGUGUAGAAGGAUGUUAUGUUGCUCGAUUUUGUUACGAUAUAACCACUGAUAAAUCUAAUAAACAAAACAAUAGAACAAAUCGAACAUUAACAGCAAGUUAAAUGCGCGCAUAUACACAAGUACAUACACAUGUGAAAUAGAUAAAUAAUAAAUUGAACGAAAAAUUAUUACACACAAUCGAAUGCAAUUAAUGUUUGUGGACAGGGGAUGGGGCGGAGACGGCGUGUCGUCAAUGGUGGCAUACGAACAUCAUACUACAAAUUGAAGUGUGUGGAUGAUAUGAUGCGGCAUUAGAAAUCAGUGUUAAUAACAACAAUUACAACAACAACAGCAAUAAUAACAGCAAAACAAAUAAAUCGUCAAUACGAAUUAAGCGUCGGUCGAAAAAGGGGGGCUGGCGGUGCUGUGCUUAUUGGAGGUGCUGACAGUGGGGACACUGGAGUGACGCUGCUGAGCUUAUCAUUGUGGCAAUUGACAUUGCAUGUUGACAGUCAGUCGUUGAAUGGCGCCCGAUCAAGUGUGAAGCGUGCGUGUCGAUAAACGGACGGACAGAAUAGUGAAUCCAAGCGAAUAUCGUAUUAGCGUAACGCGUAACAAAGCGAAUAAAGUCGAAAACGGCAAACGAUAGUGAAGUGAAUUUGCAGAGGAUAAUACAAAAACUAGAUAAAACACGUUAUAAAAUAUUGCACAUUUUAAAUUGCAAAAAAUAAAAUAACUUUUGCGCUGCAUGCUAGUCGUUUUCUAGUUCCUACUACAAGCCAUUUCUGAGCAAGUGCAAACAAUAGAAUAUUAAAAAAAAUAAAUAAAAAUUAUUUGGAAUUCGCAAAACGCCAACUGUGUGCGCUCACGGCAUUUACAAGCUACCUCAAAGCAUAUGCCGCGAAAUUCCGAUUUGCGUUCACAAACCAGCUCACAAUAAAACCAAUAAGAAAGCAGGUCAUUAAGCGUUCAGCAAUCAACAAAUCUAACUUUAUCAACAGUCGGCCAACAGUUUUAAAUGCAUCACUGCUUUUGACUCGUUAGGCGUGUUAGUUACGCUUCUGCCACGGACUUUGUAUGCGCGUCGCGCCUGCAAGAAGUUGCUGCCAGCGCUAGGCAAAUCUAAGCAAAUAUUAACCUCAUACAUACAUACGUCAAAUUCACUGCAAGCGCCCUCCCUCAUAUAUGAAAUAUAAAUACGCUUUGGAGAUCCUGUCUGCCAUCGCUAACAGCUUGAGCAAUGAACUGCUAAUGAUGUCGCGUCAACGCCGCUGCCAACAAUCAAUCAAGCGCGCAACCAUAUUUCCAAUAGUUAUAAUAGAACUUGCUGAGAAAUUAAGUAAUAACGGCGUAUAGGUCCUAACUAGCGUUCUAAUGCUUCAACACGAUCGCCAAUGGUCAAGCGCCAAUGAGUUUUCAGUGAUUGCACUCAUUUUCAAUAAACGCGCGUUGUAACUGGUGCAUGUGCAUGUGGUGUGUGUCCAAUUGGCAAUGGAAAAAAUUUAAAAUUAAAUAUUAUAUACUAUAUACAUAUGUAUGAUUGGAAAUACGCUCAAUACAAUAGUGUCACUGAAAUAAAAAAAAAUAAGUUGUGCAGCUUAUGUAUGAACCUUUUGAUCAAAUAAUCAAUAAGUGCUGUGUUCCACAAAAAAAUAUUAAAAAAUAAUAUACAAACCCAACUUAAAAAAACUUGAAAGCCGUCGCUACUGAAGUGCGAAUUUGUUAAGUAUGGAUUUCCAGAGUGCUAUGGAAACAUUUGCAGAGGCUUGGGUGGCCGCCAAUGCUGGACCACAGAGCCAGGCUUUGGCAUUGACACGCGCUGCAAAUGCCGCCGCCGCUGCUGCAGCCGCCUCAGCCAAUGCGGCCGCCGCCGCCGCUGCGCAAGGCAUCAAACCCGCCGGCACAGCCAGUUUAGCUGAGUUGGCGCUGAAGAAAGAGCAUUCGUUGUCACCACCACACAGCAUCGGCAGCGGCAGCAGCGCAACACCGGGUGCUGCUUCCGUCGCCAAUAUCGAUGAAGGCGGUGGGAGUGGUGUGGCUGCGGCCAAUUAUCGGCGACGCCCCUCGCUGCAAGGUGUUCAAGACAAAUUGGCGCAAUUGCAGAUGCAACAUCAGCAGCAACAACAACAACAGCAACAUUUACAACAACAGCAGCAGCAACAUCAGCAACAAUUGCAUGAGCAGCAUCAACAACAGUUACGUGAACAACUUGCCGCCCACGAUGAGGCGCGCAGUCCGCGUUUCGGCAAUUUGGCGGCUAGCUUGGCUGUUGGCGCUGCCAAUACGGCUAUUGUGCGUUCACGCUCCACAGAUGCCAACACCUCGCCGAAUGCCACCGCACAUAUGAGCGCAGACAACGAACGUCACAUUUCCUCGACACCUUCUAGUCAGAAUGCCUCAUUGGCCGUCACACCAAAGCUGUUGGAACGCGAUGAACGUGGCGGCUCCGGUAAUGGUGGUGUUGUCAGCGCCAACUCGGGCUUGGUUGGCAGCAUUAGUUGCUUGCCACCGGCUGCAUUGAAUGCAGUUGCUAGCAGCAUGGCGAGCGGUGUCGCGGGUUCAUUGCAUUCCGGUGUUGCUGGUGUGCCCACACAGGCGGAGCAGUUGUUAUCGUCAACGCCGUCGGCUUUGGAAAGUCGCGCACGUGAAUUUGAUCCAGCGAAAGUAAAUUCGAAAUCGCUACCGUUGCAUUGUGUCGUCGAAUCGGUGCAUUCAUUGCAAGCCUCGCUUGCCAUCGACUCGCGCAGUCCAUGGAAGCGGCGUACAAAUAUCGAGACAGACAGUUAUGUGAUUAUGGCCGCGGCAACGCCCUGGUCGGAAUUGGUGCAAACAGCGCUACAACGACUGGGCUACUCACAGGAGGCGGUUAACACGGCAAGAGGUUCUAUUAUGAUAAAGAACUGGAAACCCAUACCUUUGGAAAUGAUCUCCGAUAAUCCAGUUGUGCCCGUCAGUGAUAUUAUCGGCGAGUUGACUUCGGUUAUUACACUUCGUAUAGUCAUUUUGCGUUCUAAACCAUCGACUUUCGGUGAAAUUAAGGAUAAAUUAUUGAAACUGCUCGUUCUGCAAUCGCAUACAGUAUUGCGCUCCACCGGUUGUCCGCUUGAUGAGAUGACGCUCUCACAAAUAUGCCGAACUUCUUACCAAAAUCCGUAUUCCUUUCCUGCCGGCGAGAUUUCCGAUGAGCUGCGCCGCAAGUUCGACCAAUGGUGGUCGCAACAACUCACGCCACAAUCUAGUAUUACGCCAAAAAUGUUACCGUUCCUAACAGCGCCGUCAUCAGUGCCCAACGAAAUGGACUUCCCCGUAGGUUCAGCGGCUGUUGCCGCAGCCGCUGCCGCCGCUGCAGCUGCACAAGCUGGCUUACAUGCUGCCAGCGGUGGGGGUAAUAUGCCGGGCAGUAAUAUACCGGGACUUAAUGCCAGUCGUGAUUCACUACUCAUGAAUGAUGCGACACAUCAUGGUCCACAGGGUGCGGCUGGAGCGCAUCAUCCCAAUAUGUUAGUACAUCCGGCCAUGCAUCCCUCGAUGCAUCAUCAUCAUCACCAUCCACACUCACAGUAUCCAAAUCAAAAGACGCGCAUGCGCACGAGUUUCGAUCCAGAAAUGGAAUUGCCAAAAUUGCAGAAAUGGUUUCAGGAGAAUCCACAUCCUUCGCGUCAGCAAAUACAAACCUAUGUUGUGCAGUUGAACGCCUUGGAAUCGCGCCGUGGUCGCAAGCCACUGGACGUUAAUAAUGUCGUUUAUUGGUUUAAAAAUGCACGCGCUGCUCAGAAGCGCGCAGAAAUGCGUGGCGGUUUGGCAGCACUUGGUCAUCCCGGCUUGAAUGGCUUCAUGCUCAAUCAGCACGGUCAGUUGGGUCAAAGUUCGAGCAGCAGCGGUGGUAGUCAACAAAUGAGUAGCAGCAAUAUCAAUUUAGCCAUGUCACAUGACUACCUGAAAAGUCCUUUGAGCCUGAAAUCGGAAGAUGUGGACACAAUGUCACAGCACUCGGAUGACAUGGAUGAAGACAACAGUCGACCCGGUUCACCACAAUUACCGCUGUCGCUCACCACGCAUGAACGUAAUCGCAAUUCGCCGCUCGAAGGUGCCGAAGGCAAUAUGGACUUAGACGAGAGUCGUCGUGAUAACUGUGUUGCCGAAGGUGCGUUUAAGGACGAAACCAUGUUAAAUGGUUCACUCAACCAGUCAUUACGCUCAUGUUCGCGUAGCUAUACCGAAGAAGAGGCUCAAGCGCAAGCCAAGCCGAAUGACGCACAAACCGAUGACCAACACGGUGACAAUUCGAAUGAAGACACCGCUAAUGAGCAGCAAAAUGAAGCAGAACACAAUAAUAGCAAUAACAACAACAAUGCAAACAACCUAAAUAACAACAACAUUAGUAGUAGCAAUAACAAUAAUAGUACUAUUAAUAACAAUGAGCAAUCCUGUGAUGCCGUUAAUACACAACCGCAAGCACAUUCCUCACCCAAAAUAAGUUCACCCAAAGAGGAGGACGAUGAUCUCGAUUUGGAAGAUGAUGACGAUGACAACGAAAAUGAUGUCUCACAAUUGGAUGAAUAUCGUUCGCUUUCACCAGAUUUGGCUAAUGCCAUGGCACAACGUAAAGAUCUGCCCUUUCCGAUGGUGCCCAAUUCGAUGUUCUCCCAGUCUUUCAUGUACAUGAGUCAUUAUAUACCGGGUUUUGGUCAAGCUGCUGCCAAUCAUCCGCACGCGCAUCAUGCCGCUGCUGCAGCAGCUGCUGCCGGUAUGCCACCGAAUGCGCUAAUGAACCCGAGCGGUCUAAAUUUGUCGAGCAUGUCGAACGAGGAGCGUCGCAAACGGAAUCGUACUUUCAUCGAUCCAGUUACUGAAGUGCCGAAGUUAGAGCAAUGGUUCGCAUUGAAUACACAUCCAUCACACAAUCUAAUACUAAAGUACACGGAGGAUUUGAACACAAUGCCCUAUAGACAAAAGUUCCCCCGCUUGGAAAGCAAAAAUGUACAGUUUUGGUUUAAAAAUCGACGUGCCAAAUGCAAGCGUCUAAAGAUGUCGCUCUAUGACAGCUCUCAACUGCAAGGCCUAAACUCCUUCGUAAGCAAAUAUGAAGAACGCGAUUAAAGGGUAAAAUUUUACUUGUAAGCGAAUGCGAUAAAUGAAUACUAGAGAGUAAUGUAAACAAAACUUAAAUUAUACACCUAUAAAAUAGUUUUGUGAGGUCGAAAUGUCCAUUACCAGUGAUAAAGGGACUGAAUGUUGAGUCAUUGAAGUAUUGUAUCUAAUUUUCAUAGUACUGCAGUUUGAUGAGCGUAAAUACAAAUAAAGAAUAAAUUUAAAGAUCCCUUCAAUUUCUGUUUACAAUUCUACAUAUAAAAUAUAAUUUAAUUCGGUAAACAAAAAUUUUUUAUAAUAUUUGUCGAGGGAAAUAUUUAAAUAUUUGUCAGAUUUUAAUGACCCUAAUGUUCACAUAUAUCACAUAUACAUAGUUUACGGCAGUUGAAUAUUAUUUCUUACAUGAUUUAUUAAAAAUUUCGAACGAAGUCAGUUCCGUUGUUGCUAUUAAAAAUCAGUACGUUUCUGUUUCUCUUAUGAACCACUGCUCUCAGAGGCAUUAUGUGUCCAGCAGCUAAUUUCAUGUAAAUAAAGUCCCAGUAAAAUUGGCUAUAAGAUUGCAUGUCCUUUAUAGAUUAUUUGCAUUAUUCUAGGAAUGUUUGUAUGUAUAGUAUAUCUUAAAAAUUUAAAUGACAAAUAACUAAUUAUAAUUUAUGUAGACAUUUUUAUUAAAAUAAAAACUAAAAACUGAAAUUAAAAAAAGUUAAUAAAACGUUUUGUGUAAAAAUACAAUUUUAGCAUAAAUAAUAAUUAGUUUCGGUUUCUUAAUAUAUUCCAAUUAAAUCAGUUUAAAUAGAUAUAAAUCUAGUUUAGUAAAGAACUAACUUUAAUAUACGAUUUAUUGAUAUGCUAAAAUAUGUAUUGUAUAAAAAAAUUCUAAUAAUUAUAGUUAAAGGAUAGUGAAAACCAAAGAUGGCAUUUCUAAAUCGCAUAUAGCAAAUAUAAAAUAUGCAAGAAUAAAAACAAAAAUAAAAAAUAAGCAUUAAUAUUAUUUUUAAACUAAGCAUAAGUAAUGCAAUUUUUUAAAUAUAGUAAUCAUUAAAAAAAAAUAAUGUUGAAAAACCUGCUGAAUAUACAUAUGAAUAUAAUUUCAGAGAAUACAUAAAUAUUAAAAAUAAAACCAAUCCAUUUCAUUGUCACUGAGGCAAUUAGGAAUAGUCAUAUGAAUUCAGCUAUGUAAUUAUUUGACAAAAAAACUAUUUAAAUGCAUGAAUGCACAUAUCGUUUAUUGAAUUCUUAAAAUUACUUAUAUAAUGUUAUAAAAACAGAUAUUUUGUGGUUAUGUUUUAAUUUAAUUUGUUUACAAAUUAGUUUUGGGUAUUUGAUACCAUACAAUAAGACAUUUUUGAAACAUAAUAGAUGUUUGAAAAUUUGCGUAGUGCGUAAACUGGUUUAUUCAGUUAUAAACCAAGUGCAAACUUUCAAAAAUAUAUGUAAAAAAGACUCAUACUCAAAAUAAUUCCACUACCAAUGAUUAUUACAAAUCCAGUCCACUUUAUAAGAUUUUGAAAAUUAAAAAAAAAAGAAAUACUGAAGAUAACUAGGCAAUGAGUUUCAACUGGUUUGUAGAUAAUGCAUCAAAAAAUUAACGAUUUGAAUAUUUUCUUAGAUUUGGUUGAAAUGACAAUUUAAUUAAUAAAUAGUUUUGAAGAAGAAAAUUCAAGAAUGAAAAUAUCUGCGAUUCAACAUCUACUUGUAUAUCCACUAAAAGUAAAAAUAAAUAAACAACUGGAAUAUAUGAGUUAAUUUUGAUGCAAAUAGAUUCCAAACACACAGAAAAAAAUUCUUACAGCUGAAAACUAACGAUAUGCCAGUCAAAAGGCAGCUAUUGAAAACUUCAAAGUUCCAAAGCAAAUAUCUAUACAUAGAAAUCAUACAUACAAAUAAAUGUAAGUAUGUAAUUAUAAAUGCUACUUAUGCAAACAAUUGCACCAAAUAAUUUAAGCAAAAACACACAACAAUUAAAAACACAUAGAAAUAAGCAAAAGCACUUGAACCAGUUAAAGAAAAUUAUUUAGUUACAAACUUUUAAAAAAGUUAUUUUUAUUUAAAAUUUUGCAUUAGUAAACAAAAUGUAAUGUAUUUAAUACGGAAGUAUUAUAAAUUAUUUGUUUUCCUUUAGCUCUUAAGCGCACUGUAAAAUAAAACUAAAUGAAUAUAAUAUUUCAAAUUUGUAAAAUAAAAAUACGAUAUUCGUCAAUUUAUUGCAAAAAUCAAAUUAUUAAAACGAGAAAUAAAAAAUUUUAAAUGUAAA